AUGGUAGCUGAACGUCUUACACAAGAUGGAGGAUGUGCGGUUUAUUGGCAGUGGAAGCAACUGCCUUCUGAGGCAAAUGAUAUAGAUCAAAGGGUGGAGUUGGAAGUUAUGUUACAGCAGUGUGCUUUAACGACAAGAAGAGAUACGUGGGAGUGGCAAGAUAAAAAGAAUGGUGUUUUUACAGUUGCAGGAGCUAAAAAAUGGCUGACGAGUCAGAAUGGUAACACGAUUUCUUUCGGGUUCAAGUGGUGUAAAUGGGUGCCGGCGAAAUGUAACAUAUUUAUGUGGCGGGCGUUUCUGGAUCGCAUCCCUACGAAAACGACACUGAGGCGAAGGAACAUACAAGUUCAAGAUGAGGAGUGCGUUAUGUGUGGUGAAGGUUUGGAUUCAACGGAUCACAUUCUCACAGAAUGUGGCAUUGCUUAG